AUGGCCUCAGAUGAAAGCCAGCUGAAGCUGGCAUUUCCAAGUCUGGUGGAGAAGAGCUCCACCUGCACUGACCCUCUCCCCUGUCCCCCCUGCAGCCUGACCAGGCAGUGGACUCUAGAGGAUGAGGAGGAGCAGGAACGUGAGCGCCGGCGGCGGCACCGAAAUCUGAGCUCCACCACAGACGACGAGGCUCCCAAGCUCGCCCAGAAUGGAGACGCACCGGCUGCCCAGAGACUGCCGAGCGUGGAGGAAGGAGAGGUGCCCAAGCCACGAACCUCAGCCUCUAAAGAUGAGGAGGAGGACACCCAGGCCAUGCUCAGGACCCGGCAGGAGCGGAGGCAGAGGCGGCAGGUGGUGGAGGCUGCGCAGGCCCCCAGCCCGCCGGGGGCACAGGAGCCAAGGGACAGCUCUGGCCCAGGGCAGGCCAAGCAGCAGCCCCUUGUGCCCAAGAAGGACGGGGAGCCACCACCUCGCCGGAGACUGAGCCGGGAGCGGCGGGGCCCCUGGGCCGGGGAGGAAGAGAGCUUGGCGGGUCGAGAGUCCGAAGGUGGAAAGAAGGAGGUCUCAGAGAAGUCGGCAGUCUUGGAGAAGCCCCCCGUCCUGGGGAAGACAUUAGUACUUGGAAGGAGACUGGUCUCAGAGGAAACCUCCAUCUCGGAGAAGGCUCUGGGCCCUGAGAAAACAUCUGUGUCAGAGAGGAAGUCAAUUCUAGAAAAAACAAGUGUGUCGGAGAAGCUGCCAGCCCCAGGGAAGACUUCAGAUACGGAAAGGAGAGUAGUUUCUGAGAAAGCAUUGCUCUUUGCGAAGUCUCUGGUGUCAGAGAAGACCCAGGCCACCGAGACAAAGCUGGCCCCAAAGAGGGCAGCCGCCUCAGGGCAGCCCCAGGCAGGGGGACAGCUGGCCUCGGGGGGAAGCCAGCCCCCUCCCACCACAGGGCAGAGGGGAAGGGCCCUCCCCGAGAAGAGCCCACCAUCCUCGGCCAAGCUGGGAGAGCAGGGGGCGCCGGACCCUCCGACUGUGGCUUCCCGCCUCCCGCCCAUCACAUUCCAGGUGAAAAUUCCCAGCAAGGAGGAAGAGGUGGACACACCCUCGCCCACCCAGGCCACCUACAGCAGCUCCCUCAAACGCUCCAGCUCCAGGACCAUCUCCUUUCGGAUGAGCCCCAGGAAAGACAACUCAGAAACAACCUUAACCCGCAGCGCCAGCAUGCGGCUCCCGGCUGGCACAGUCAAGUUAGGGGAGAAGCUGGAGAGAUACCACUCGGCUGUCCAGAGAUCAGAAUCAGUCAAGUCUCCCGGCUCCUCCCGCACCGAGUUCUUUGUGGCUCCCGUGGGCGUAGCCAGCAAGCGCCACCUCUUUGAGAAGGAGCUGGUAGGCCAGAGCCGAGCAGAACCGGCCUCCAGCCGGAAGGAUAACUUGAGGCUUUCAGGGGUUGUGACAUCAAAGCUCAACCUGUGGAUCAGCAGGACCCAGGAGUCUGGAGAUCAGGACCCGCAGGAGGUGCGGAAAGAGUCAGGAGCCACCAAGAGGACCCAGUGGGGAAACAAAGACUCCUCCCUGGAUGUAGAGGUGUGACGAGCCCUGCCAGGAUGGACCUGCGAGUCUGCAUCUCAGGGGCCCUCCCUCAGGCCAGGCCCCGCCACCAGCAGCAUCCCUGUCUCUCACCCCUGCUCCCUCUCUGCCUCUGGACCUGGCGCCACGAGUGUCGAGGAGCUUCAGCCACCUCCUUCCCAGUCUAGCGUCUGGGGGCGGGUGUGCCCCGGCCCCUUCUCGUCCCACUGCAGGCGCAGCAGAUCCUGGGACCCGGUGUCCGCCCGGGCACAGCACCGACUCUCGUCAGCACCGUGUGGCCUCCACGUCCUGUCCGGAGGUGGCCUCCAGGCCCUGCUCACGUCCAGGGGCGGGGCGGUGCUGUCCCCCCUGAAGUGUGCCUCCACGUGCCUGUGAUGUCUGUCCCUCACUGAGGCCUGGAGCCACCCCCCUCAGUCCCUGCGGCCUGCCUCCAGCUUGCUGAGGCCCGUCAGGCCAGAUUGGCCAGGCGCUGCCCUGUGUCUUCCGUGCGCCCUGUCUCCCUGCUUCCUUUGCCUCUCGCUUCCUUGGCCUGCUGCUCGGCCAGCAGCUUGGUGCCGUUUUGUGCACGCCUUCACCCUCUUUCUGAAAAAGCUGUUCUCAGGAAAGAGCUGAUAAACUCAUUCACUCUCA